CUGGGAGAUAAUUAAGAAACAUUUUUGUUCUACCGUCAGGAAUCCAAAGUAUUCAAUUCAAGUGGUGAUUUCAGAUACGCUGUCAAGUGUUUCCCCCUUCCGUCGUAGAGGUUUGCCAUGGUGGAGGGACCAGCAGCAUCUUUACUUGACUUGAAUCAGAAGGCUGUGUGUGCCGGAUGUCACCGUCUCAUCCGAGACAAAUUCCUGCUCCGAGUCACUGACGGCCUGUGGCAUGAGGAGUGUGUGCGCUGCGCGGCGUGCGGGGACGCGCUGCGGACCUCCUGCUUCCUGAAGGACCACAAACUUUACUGCAAGAGGGACUAUGCGAAUCUGUUUGCAGUGCGGUGUGGGGGCUGUGCCGAGGCCAUCUCUCCGGCAGAGCUGGUGAUGCGUGCGGGGGCCGCUGUGUUCCACCUGCGCUGCUUCACCUGCAGUGUGUGUUCCUGCCGCCUGCAGACCGGAGACUGCUGCGUCCUCAGAGAGGGACAGCUACUGUGUGCCAGGGAGGACUACCACCAGUGUCUGGCCAGCCCGACCUCCUCUGACACAGGUAAAAGCGAUGACGAGGAGGAAGAGGAGGAAGACGCUGAGAAGGCUGCAGGCAGGCGAAGCAGAUCAGAGGACCUGGAGAGCAAACGCCCCAAAAGGCCGCGCACCAUUUUGACCACUCAACAAAGACGGGCCUUUAAAGCCUCCUUUGAGGUCUCUUCCAAGCCUUGUCGAAAGGUAAGGGAGACCUUGGCAGCAGAGACUGGUCUGAGUGUGCGGGUUGUGCAGGUCUGGUUCCAGAACCAAAGAGCCAAGAUGAAGAAGCUGGCGAGGAGACAGCAGCAACAGCAGCAGGAGCAGCACCAGACGCAGGAGCAGCGUGAGCAUCCACCACAUCAUACAGCGCCCUCCUGUGGUGGUUUGACCUCUGAACUGAACCCCCUGGGCUCCUCCUACCCUCGCCUUCGGCAGCAGCAGCAGCAGCAGGCGGGUGUCACCACCCUGGAGCCGCAAGACUACGACAUGGACCCCUUCAGACAGGGUUUGACCCCUCCUCAGAUGCCUGGAGACCACAUGCAUCCCUAUGGUUUUAAGGGCCUGUACGGUGACAUGGAUGGAGACCCUCUGUGCCAUCUGGCUGACGGUGACUGCUUGCCCCUGAGUGACUCUUCUCUACUCACCCCUAUUGACCACCUCUACUCCAUGCAGGACUCCUACUUCACCUCCUGAGAGUGGAGGCUGAGCUCCAUGAGGAGGGGGUGCAGUCGUCCUCAACUCUGCUGAGCCCGAGCCUCACCUCCCCGGGCAUCGCUGCUCCUUGGUCUUGUCAUGUCUGUGUAGGGACCCUCCAGUCAGUAUUGGCUGUAAAAUAAAUGCCGAGGGGAGGUGGGUACACUGUGAUACCACCCGAUCUAAGUCGAAGGUACUGAGGCUAAUAGGUGGCUCCACUGUUUCUGGUUCUACUCUAUUAUGCCUUGUAAAUUAGGUGGAUAUACUCUGUACACCUGCAUAUAAACUUGACACACUACUGCCUCGUAUGCUUUCUAAUCCCAUUCUAACACACAAGCCUCAGAGAAGCACUCUACUUUGUGAAAGCAUGACGUUUUUGGACCUCUCACAUUAUGUCUGAAGGUCAGAUUAUGAGAUUAUAAUGCAUCUACAAAUGUAAAUAGUUGUUUGGGUGUGUAUUUGUAUUUAUUAUCAUUACGUGUGUAUGCUCUUCGUCCUGAAUGAAUCAACAAUGAAU